CAACAAAACUGAGCCAACAACGGAACCAGUAACUCCAACGACUACGAUUCCAUCAUCAUCAAGAGCAUAUCUUAAAGAAAUCGAGCCAGUUAUUAGAGCGAUUGAGCGGGAAUCGACAACGGAUCCUUUUUCCGUAUUUUUGCGGAAAAUGUUUAUAAUUUUGACAACUAAAAGGAAUGAAGAUUUGCCAUUGCUGAUUAAUCAAUUCAGAGAAUAUGUCUCGACGCUACUGACCAGCGGGCAGCUAGAACCGUUGGGCAUGCAGGCCAAUUCGUACAUCGCAACAAGGCUUCUAAUAUUAGAGAAGUAUCCAAUGCAAGCGCUGCGUCAUUUUUUUGAUGUACUCCAAAAAAAACUGGCUCAAAGAAACAAGAAGUUGUCCAAAGAGGUGAACGAUAUUUUAGACUAUAUGGACGAUACAUACGAUGAAGCGGAGGAAGAGGCCAUGCAGGCGGUUCUACGUGAGGCUUACUUGUAUCCAGAUACUAAAAACUAUAAUAAGAUUGCUCAAGGUUUUGUAGAUUAUGUGUUUCUAAAACCAUUGAUGAGAGUGACGGGAACCUCAAGAGGCAACGUUCUGUUUAAAAUGAUAAAAGAUGCUUUAAUAAAAUUAGCAAAGUCUGAUCAUGUUAUCUUUUCACCGGCGUUUUAUGCAAAUCUUCGUAAAUCCUUUAAGAAAACACAAAAACUCAGACACGAGUCGUCUAGCACAGACACUGAAGAAAAUAUAUCAAGUAAAGAAAGUAUAGAUUUAAGCGACAUAAGUAGUAAUUGCUCAAGUGAGAGUUCCGACACAAUAACAAGUUCCGAUGAGGAAGAAAAGAGCAGUAACAAAAGAACACGUAAGAAUUUUCAAUUUAAGAAUAAUAAAUUAGUAAAACCUGAGAAUUUUAAGAAACAAAACAUACUUAGCAAUAGAGCAAAAUCGAGGAAAAUAAAAUCAUAUGAAGUGUUAAGCAAAUUAAGGCCUAUACAGAAAAAACAAAAUGGUGCUAUUGAGAAUAAUAGAGAAAUUCGCCGACAUUCUUACCAACAUAUUCUAUCAAGCACAUCCACAACUAUUGAUGCCAACGUUAUCACUGCGGCAGAAUCUAGUGAUAUUGAAAGGAGACGCUGA